UUUACGAAUCAUUUGAUUAAGUAACGAUUCUAACUUCUUAAUUUUUGAAUGGGAGAUCAACGCUCUUCUCAAUACUCUGGUUCUAAUUCUAUUCAAGUUCCGACGAAAAAAUCCUAAAUAGUAAUUUGGAAGAGAUAAGGAGGGUAAUAUCGUCAAAGAAAGAAACCCGGUAAUAAAAAUUCAAGAUCUGGAAGUCGUAUCCGUCUUCGUUUUGGAGAAUUGAUUCUUCUUUACGUUCGGUCCGCCUAUUACUUUCUUCGUUCCUGAGGCUCUUUCUCGUCUUCUCUGCUCCCAAGCAAAGCACAUUUCUGCAGAAGAAACCCUAAGUAAUUUGCUGCAAAAUGUCCGGAAAAGGAGCGAAAGGGUUGAUUACGGCUGGCAAAUCCACCAAGGACAAAGACAAGGACAAGAAGAAACCCAUCUCUCGCUCUUCUCGCGCUGGUCUCCAGUUCCCAGUGGGUCGUGUCCAUCGACUGCUGAAAACAAGGGUUAAUGCAAACGGAAGGGUUGGAGCAACAGCUGCUGUGUACACAGCUGCCAUACUGGAGUACCUGACUGCAGAAGUGCUAGAACUUGCAGGCAAUGCAAGCAAGGAUCUUAAGGUUAAGCGUAUUACUCCUAGGCAUUUGCAGCUUGCUAUCCGGGGUGAUGAAGAACUCGACACGUUGAUCAAGGGAACCAUAGCUGGCGGUGGUGUUAUCCCGCACAUUCAUAAAUCACUUAUCAACAAAUCCUCGAAGGAGUAGUUUAUGUGAUUGAUCUUUGUUCGUUUUUGUCUGUUUCCAUAAGCCUCAGAAAAAUGUUGGAGACGUGCUUCUUUCUGGACAAUAUGGAUACUUGUUUUUCAGUAGCUAAUUAUGUAGAUUCAGGAUUUUAAUUCAUAACUCAUAACUUGUUCUUUGUUCUACUACUUGCGUAAUGCAAACAUCCAUACUUAUAAUUUAUA